GGGCCGUUGACGGGCUUGCGCGCUAGUGCAGAGCCAGAGGCGGGGGGCGGACCGGCCGGGGCUGCGGGGGCCGCGGGGCCCUACGAAGGGGAGGGCGGGGCCACCUUCGGGACCGCAGCGACAACACCCGGAGCGAGCGCCUGGGCCCGAGAGGAGCGAUGCUGUGGUUCCAGGGCGCCAUUCCGGCCGCCAUUGCGUCGGCCAAAAGGAGCGGCUCGGUCUUCGUGGUGUUCGUGGCAGGUGAUGAUGAGCAGUCAACACAGAUGGCUGCAAGUUGGGAAGAUGAGAAAGUGAGAGAAGCAUCUUCAAACAGUUUUGUUGCUAUUAAAAUCGAUACCAAAAGUGAAGCCUGCCUACAAUUUUCACAAAUCUAUCCUGUAGUAUGUGUCCCAUCCAGUUUCUUUAUUGGAGACAGUGGAAUUCCCUUGGAAGUAAUAGCAGGAAGUGUUUCUGCAGAUGAACUUGUUACCCGAAUUCACAAAGUCCAGCAGAUGCACUCAUUAAAAGGUGAAACAUCAGUGGCAAAUGGCAGCCAGUCAGAAAGUUCAGUCUCUACUCUGUCCACCUCAUUUGAACCUAACAACGUUUCUGAAAACUCUCAGUCCAGAAAUGUAGAGCUUUGUGAGACACCACCCACUUCUCCAGAUACAAAGUCAGAUUCUGCAACAGGUAAUUUUUAGUGUAUCCUUUUGGGU